UUCAGGUAAAUUUGUUACUGUUGCUGGUACUGGCUUUUGGGCAAGGAAGGCUUUAAAGAUGAGCAGUGUAACAAUUGAUGAUGUUUACGAUGCAUGCGAACGUCUGGAUAAGGCUAAAGUUAAGGACGCCGAAGAUUACAAAGUUUUCAUUUCGGGCACCAAAGGAAAUGACGGAAAGGUGAAAAAGCUUUGUGCUCACAUGAUCGUUCGAUACUGGCAAGAUUUUACGGAUCUACGAAAUGUGGCAUUUUAUUCACUUGUUUCACUGUUGGAAGACCGAGAUCCUGACAUUCGAAAGGCAGUGAUUCGUGAAGUACCACAUGUAGUCAAGUCUGGAGAGCUUGUUGAUAAAAUUGCGGAUGUACUGUCGCAAAUGCUGCAGCAAACAGACGAACUCCAGGAAAUAGCUAUGCUUACCAACGUCCUUGUUCAGUUUUUGAAGUCUCAUCCGAAAGAUGUACUUUCUGCGAUAUUUGUUAAUGUUGUGAAGUCGGAGGAAGAAUCGGUACGUUUGCGAUUACUGAAGUUCAUCCAGCUGCAUGUACGCGACAUUCCAGUUAAUUUAAUGAACGAGGAAUUAAUGCUAUCCAUCGAGCAUCACAUCCGAGAGGUGCUUAAAGAUAUUACAGCUGUGGAGUUCGAUUUGAUUUUUAAUUUUAUGCGUUCGUUGGAGUUUUUCCGAACGGCGAAAGGACGCAUGAUAAUGUACAAAAUCGUUGUCGAUCAAAUGCAAAUUGAUGAACCAUUCCCUGCUAACGAUCCUCAACGAUUUGAUCAGAUACUAUAUUUCGUUGAACGAGCGCGAUUGCUUCUUUCGGUCAAUCAUCGAAGUAAUGAACUGGUUAACUUUAUGAUAUCCAAAGGCAUUCCUGUACUUGAAGAAGUAAAUGCGGCGUUACGCAUUAGAUUUUUGCGAGCUCUAGUUGAGCUUGCUCCGUUUUCCAAAUCAUUGGAACGUAAUGAUUUAAUGAUUCUCUCUGAUUAUUUUUCGAAGCUUAUACCUCCACUGCCAUCGGAACGUCCCGAUGAAAAUAUGGGAGAUAUGAACACAUCUUUGGAACAAGAAUUACGUCUCAGCGAAUUGGAAUCAACAUCUUUAGCUUUCUCAUCGUUCUGUAAAACAGACAAGACAGCUUUUGAUUACACUUUGGAACAUAGUAAAGAUUCAUCUAAUUGGCGAAAAAGAAUCAUUUACUUGGGUCGAUUGUUGCAACAGUAUAUCGUUUCGGCGAAUUCUGAAUUACAGAAGAUGCGUAAAAUGGAACCCUCCAAACGAGACACGAAUCAGCUUUCUUUUCAACAAAAUUCCCUGAAAAUGGCAGAAAACACUCUUCAUCUGACAAAAAUGCUUGCUCACAAAUCUCCUUCCUUUGUUUUUACCAUAACACCAAGCUGGAAGAUGGAAAACAGAAAGCGGGACCACGAGUCGGACGUUAAAACGGAACAGAAACGAAAAAGACCUCUUCCUGAUUUCUAUGUGCCACCUGGCGGAAAAUAUAGUGGCAUGUUAAAUCGAGGUGGCAGAAGGAAUAGUGCAGGAAGCCGUUUCAGUCGGCGUUAAUUUUAUAGUUCAAAUUCAAAAUUUCUGUUGAUACUGAUCUCUAACUUACUGUUAUGGUUGUACUGUUUUCAUUUCUUUUUUGCUGUUGUUUUUAGUUAUUAUGCAUAGAAUUACAAUUGGCAUGAUUUAUGCAUCGUUACCUAUUCACAGAUCCACAUUUUAUUGAAAACAGUCCAUGUAGCACCCGAAAUUUAUAUAAAUGUCGUUAGACUGUUUAAACAUGAAGUCAUUUUUUCUUUUUUUUUGCUGUUAUUUACGGGCUGCUCAUGUAAUGUGCAUCUUUUGCUUACACUUUUUUUGUUGUAGCUGUAUUCUUCAGGUCGAUGAAUAUGUUGCUAGCUCUGGAUCGCAAGAGCUAGUGAACUUUUGGCAGAGGCAGGGUAUUUUUAAAGAAGAAGUGUCAUUUUUAUAUGAAUUGUUGAUGCUCUUUUUGAACUGUGUGCCCUAAUCAGUUUUGUUGUCAC